CAUUUCUGAUUGUCUAUGUUACUGUGAUCUGGCUCUUCUGCAGCAAAUGUGGAAUCAAGAAAAAGACCAUCUGAAGAAGUUCAAUGAGCUCAUGGUUACAUACAGAGUCCGACCUACUGCUUUGCUGCCCCUUUGGAAUGUAGCAGGAUUUGUUCUAGGGGCUGGAAGUGCUUUACUUGGCAAGAAAGGUGCAAUGGCCUGCACAGUGGCAGUGGAAGAGAGUAUUUCCAAUCACUACAACAGCCAGAUCCGAACUCUUAUGACAGAAGAUCCAGAAAAGUAUAAAGAAUUAUUGCAG